AUGGCACUAAAUGGCGGCAUGAAGCGCCAAUUUGAAAGUGUUGACGAUUUCGAAUCAUCCAAGCGCCUGCGCUCUCAAACGGCAUCGCGGGUCAUCUUUGUCUGUGGACUACCCUCUGACUGUCUGGAGAGCGAGCUGCUCGCGCUUUGCUGUCCGUUCGCAGUCGUGGAAAAGUGCCUUCUGAUUUCUCAAAAACGCCAAGCCUUCGUGCAAUUGCCAGAUGUUGUCUCGGCCUCUAAUCUCGUCACGUUUUAUCAGACGCAUGAUGCCCAAAUUCGCAGCAAGAAAAUAUUUUUCGAGUAUAGCAACCGUGAUGAAAUCAAAGUGCAACUGGACCAUGAUGCCUCACCCUCUUAUCAACAACAACAGCAAGCACUUGGAGAUCGUCAAUAUCAGCAGCUUCCACCUAUGCAAUUUGCACCACAACACGAUAUAUCUUUACUAGCGGGAGACGGAGGGCAAUUUAGUAUGAUCCAGCACGAUGGCCCUCGUCGUGGCGUUGGCCAACCGAAUCAAAUUUUGAUGGUGUCUGUGUCGAACAUCGAAUACGACGUUACGGUGGAUGUAUUGCAACAGGUAUUUCAAAAAUUUGGCAAUGUGCAGAAAAUUGUAACAUUUUGGAAGGACAACGAGUUUAAGGCGCUAGUUCAGAUGGAGUCGAUUGAUCAAGCCCAAGCCGCACAAUCCGCUUUGGAUGGGCGAGAUAUUUACACAGGCUGUAACCAACUCAGCAUUGUGUUUUCGCGCCACCCAGAACUUCGUGUUCGAUACAAUGACGACCGAUCUCGGGACUACACCAAUCCCAACCUUCCUCCGGGCCCAAGUCGUGGUGAAUCUCAAACUGAGAGCGAGCCGAUGUUAACAGCUUCUUCUGAGCAGCGCGAUGAGUUUCGGGACAUUAGAUAUAAUAACUCACCUGUACGCAAUGGUGAGCUUGACUAUCGUGGACCCGUGAACGCUCUCAGUGUUGGUUCUCGUGAUCCAAACGUGCGGGAUAACCGAAUUGGUGCUCCUAGGUUCGAUGAGCGUCCUCCGCAGAUGGAUAGACCUCGUGAUGCAAGAAGUGGACGUGAACUACCAAUUCAUUCAACGGGACGUGCGAUUCGAGGUGAUACUCGACCAUCACCUGCUUUGAUUUGCAGUAAUAUCGAUAGCGAGCUAGUGAGUCCACACCGCCUCUUCACGCUCUUCGGCUGCUUUGGUGAUGUUCUUCGGAUCAAGAUCAUGUUCCGCAAGCGAGACACGGCUUUAAUCCAGUUUGUUAAUGAAGUUCAUUCGACAUCAGCACUGGAUCAUUUGGAUGGCGUUUACGUCUUUGGAAAAAAGCUACGGGUUGACUAUUCGAAGCACUCAAGUGUAUCGAUGCCGCACGCUGAUGCAGACCGCUUCGAAGUUGAAAAUACUUUGGACUUCUCAGGUUCACCACUUCACCGCUACCGACGGCGUAGUCCAGAAGAGGCUGUCUCACCUUGCCCCCUGCUACACAUUUCAGGAAUUCCUAUGGAGCUGCAGCGCAAUCAGAAUGCCCUUGUCGACCACUUUUCGCAAUUUGGCUUCGUGAAGAACUUUCAUUUCUUGCAAAAUAACCCAAAGAUGGCGUUAGUGGAGAUGGGAUCAAUUGAUGAGGCUAUUAUGGCCUUACUCCGACUCGACAAUUUGGGAUACCCGGAAUCGCAUAUGCGCAUAUCCUUUUCAAAAGCCUACCAAUUUCCCGGUGGCAAUGGUCCUGGUCCUGGCCCUGCUCUUGGUCCUCCGCAUGGCUCUGGUGCUGGUCCAGGUAGCUGGAACGCGCUAAUGCCACUGCGUCCAAGAGAUCGAAGUCGCGAUCGCAGCCGAAAUCGCGAGAGGGGUACUUGUCCGACGGGAGAUCGGGACCGAUCAUUUCGAGAUCGAGCCCCCCCCCAGCAGCGAGGGCAUGAUUUUCAACCGCGUGAUCACUCUCGGCGUCCACCUCCGCGUUUUUAA